AUGGAUUUAUCUUCAGAGAUGAACAGACAUGGGAAGAAUCCGGUGAGCCACAAGCUAGAAGAUCAGAAGAAGAUUUACACGGACUGGGCCAACCACUACUUGGCAAAAUCGGGCCACAAGAGGCUGAUCAAGGAUUUGCAACAAGACAUUGCGGACGGAGUGCUGCUAGCCGAGAUCAUCCAGAUCAUAGCAAAUGAAAAAGUUGAAGAUAUCAAUGGAUGUCCUAGGAGUCAAUCUCAGAUGAUUGAGAAUGUUGAUGUCUGCCUUAGUUUUCUGGCAGCCAGAGGAGUAAAUGUCCAGGGCCUAUCUGCUGAAGAAAUAAGAAAUGGAAACUUAAAAGCCAUUCUAGGGCUGUUUUUCAGUUUGUCUCGCUACAAACAGCAGCAGCACCAUCAGCAGCAAUAUUACCAGUCCCUGGUGGAGCUCCAGCAGCGGGUCCCUCACACCUCUCCUCAGGCAGAAGCCAACCAGGCCAAAGCCCAGCAAGACAUGCAGUCCAGUCUGGCAGCCAGAUAUGCAACUCAGUCUAAUCACAGUGGAAUUGCAACCAGUCAAAAAAAGCCUACUAGGCUUCCAGGUCCCUCUAGGGUGCCUGCUGCGGGCAGCAGCAGCAGCAGCAGCAAGGCCCAGGGCGCCUCUAACUUAAAUAGGAGAAGUCAGAGCUUUAACAGCAUUGACAAAAACAAGCCUCCGACAUAUGCAAAUGGCAAUGAAAAAGAUCCCUCCAAAGGACCUCAGCCACCUUCAGGUAUCAAUGGGAACAUGCAGCCCCCCACCACUGCUGGGCAGCCCCCUGCCUCCGCCAUCCCUUCUCCGAGUGCCAAGCCCUGGCGCAGCAAGUCCAUGAAUGUCAAGCACAGUGCCACCUCUACCAUGCUGACAGUAAAGCAGCCGAGCCCAGCCACCUCUCCCACACCAUCUACGGACAGACUAAAGCCCCCUGGCUCUGAAGGGGUCAAAACAGCUCCCUCGGGACAAAAAUCCAUGCUUGAAAAAUUCAAGCUGGUCAAUGCCAGGACUGCGUUACGCCCCCCGCAGGCUCCCAGUUCAGGACCCAGUGAUGGUGGGAAGGAUGACGAUGUCUUUUCUGAAUCUGGUGAGAUGGAAGGCUUCAACAGUGGUCUGAAUAGCGGUGGCUCCACCAAUAGCAGCCCCAAAGCGUCCCCUAAGUUAGCCCCUCCAAAAGCUGGCAGCAAAAAUCUCAGCAAUAAAAAGUCUUUGCUACAGCCAAAGGAAAAGGAGGACAAGAACAGGGACAAAAAUAAAGUUUGCACUGAAAAAACAGUCAAGGAGGAGAAGGAUCAGGUGACGGAGACGGCCCCGAAAAAGACUUCUAAAAUUGCAAGUUUGAUCCCAAAGGGCAGCAAGGCAACUGCCACCAAGAAGGAAAGCCUAAUCCCAUCCUCCAGCGGGAUCCCCAAACCGGGCUCUAAGGUGCCGACAGCCAAACAGACCAUUUCACCAGGCAGCACAGCCAACAAAGAGUCUGAAAAAUUCAGGACUACCAAGGGAAGCCCUUCCCAGUCCUUACCUAAGCCCAUAAUCACCGAGAAAGCAAGCACAUCCAAUUGCCCCGCUCCGCUGGAAGGAAGGGAGGCCAGCCACGCCUCUCCCUCUGGCUCCUGUGCUGGGUCAGGGGCACAGGGCAGUGGGCAGACCACGGGAAAUGGUGCUGUCCAGCUCCCUCAGCAGCAGCACAGCCACCCGAACACGGCCACGGUGGCUCCGUUCAUUUAUAGAGCACAUUCAGAAAAUGAAGGCACUUCUUUAUCAUCUGCUGACUCCUGUACCAGCCCUACGAAGAUGGAUUUAUCCUACAGCAAGACUGCUAAGCAGUGCCUAGAGGAGAUAUCUGGUGAAGACCCUGAAACAAGAAGAAUGAGAACAGUGAAAAACAUAGCAGACCUGAGGCAGAAUUUAGAAGAGACUAUGUCCAGUCUUCGUGGGACCCAGAUAAGCCACAGCACCCUGGAGACAACAUUUGACAGCACUGUGACCACGGAAGUGAAUGGAAGGACCAUACCCAACUUGACAAGCCGUCCCACCCCCAUGACCUGGAGGCUGGGCCAGGCUUGUCCCCGACUUCAAGCUGGGGAUGCUCCCUCCCUGGGCGCCGGCUAUCCUCGCAGUGGUACCAGUCGGUUCAUCCACACAGAUCCCUCCAGGUUCAUGUACACAACGCCUCUGCGUCGAGCUGCUGUCUCUCGGCUGGGAAACAUGUCACAAAUUGACAUGAGUGAGAAAGCAAGCAGUGACCUGGACAUGUCCUCUGAAGUCGAUGUGGGUGGAUAUAUGAGUGACGGGGAUAUCCUUGGGAAAAGUCUCAGGGCAGAUGACAUCAACAGUGGAUACAUGACAGAUGGAGGACUCAACCUCUAUACUAGAAGUCUGAACCGAAUUCCAGACACGGUGACUUCCAGGGAUGCCAUUCAGAGAGGUGUUCACGAUGUAACUGUCGAUGCAGACAGCUGGGAUGACAGCAGUUCGGUGAGCAGUGGUCUGAGCGACACCCUCGAUAACAUCAGCACCGAUGACUUGAACACAGCAUCCUCAGUCAGCUCUUAUUCCAACAUCACUCUCCCUUCCAGGAAGAACACUCAGCUGAAGACAGAUUCAGAGAAACGCCCCACCACAGAUGAGCCGUGGGAUGGCACCGAGGAGCUGAAAAAAGCAGAAGAGGACUUCGACAGCCACGCGGAUGGCGGUGGCAAGUGGAAGGGUGCUUCCUCGGGCCUUCCCGAAGACCCUGAGAAGGCGGGGCAAAAGGCCGCCCUGGCUGUUUCCCAGACAGGUUCCUGGAGAAGGGGCAUGUCUGCCCAGGGAGGGGCGUCGUCCAGGCAGAAAGCUGGAACCAGUGCUCUCAAGACCCCUGGGAAAACGGAUGAUACCAAAGCUUCUGAGAAAGGCAAGACUCCCCUGAAGGGAUCCUCGCUGCAGAGGUCCCCUUCCGACGCGGGGAAGAGCAGCGGGGAUGAGGGGAAGAAGCCGCCCUCGGGAAUAGCCAGGUCCACUGCCACGGGCUCCUUCGGGUUUAAGAAGCCCAGCGGAGUAGGGUCAUCUCCCGGGAUCACGAGCAGCAGCGGAGCCACCAUCACCAGCGGGUCGGCCACGCUGGGGAAAAUUCCCAAGUCCGCUGCUAUCGGUGGGAAGUCCAACGCCGGGAGGAAAACCAGCCUGGACGGCUCCCAGAACCAGGACGACGUGGUGCUGCACGCGAGCUCCAAGGCCUCGCUGCAGUACCGCAGCCUGCCCCGCCCGUCCAAGUCCAGCGCCAGCGGCAUCCCCGGCCGCGGCGGCCACCGGUCCAGCACCAGCAGCAUCGACUCCAACGUCAGCAGCAAGUCGGCGGGCGCCGCCACCUCCAAGCUGAGGGAGCCCACCAAGAUCGGGUCCGGGCGCUCCAGUCCGGUCACGGUCAACCAGACGGACAAGGAGAAGGAGAAAGUGGCCGUCUCAGACUCAGAGAGUGUUUCUUUGUCAGGUUCCCCCAAGUCCAGCCCCACCUCUGCCAGUGCCUGUGGGACACAAGGGCUCAGGCAGCCAGGGUCCAAGUACCCUGACAUCGCCUCACCGACAUUCCGAAGGUUGUUUGGUGCCAAGGCAGGUGGCAAAUCUGCCUCUGCACCUAGUACUGAGGGUGUGAAAUCCUCCUCAGUAAUGCCCAGCCCUAGUACCACCUUAGCUCGCCAAGGCAGCCUGGAGUCACCGUCGUCCGGCACGGGCAGCAUGGGCAGUGCUGGUGGGCUAAGUGGCAGCAGCAGCCCUCUCUUCAAUAAGCCCUCAGACUUAACCACAGACGUCAUAAGCUUAAGUCACUCGUUGGCGUCCAGCCCGGCAUCGGUUCACUCUUUCACGUCAGGUGGUCUCGUGUGGGCUGCCAAUCUGAGCAGUUCCUCUGCGGGCAGCAAGGACACUCCGAGUUACCAGUCCAUGACUAGCCUCCAUACGAGCUCUGAGUCCAUUGACCUCCCCCUCAGCCACCAUGGCUCCCUGUCUGGACUGACCACAGGCACUCACGAGGUGCAGAGCCUGCUCAUGAGAACGGGUAGUGUGAGAUCUACUCUCUCAGAAAGCAUACAACUUGACAGAAAUACACUACCCAAAAAGGGACUAAGAUACACCCCAUCAUCUCGGCAGGCCAACCAAGAAGAGGGAAAAGAGUGGUUGCGCUCCCAUUCAACUGGCGGGCUGCAGGACACCGGCAGCCAGUCGCCUCUGGUCUCUCCUUCUGCCAUGUCAACUUCUGCAACAGGAAAAUACCACUUCUCAAACUUGGUGAGUCCAACAAAUCUGUCUCAGUUUAACCUUCCCGGGCCCAGCAUGAUGCGCUCAAAUAGCAUCCCAGCGCAAGACUCUUCCUUCGACCUCUAUGAUGACUCCCAGCUCUGUGGCAGUGCCACGUCUCUGGAGGAAAGACCCCGUGCCAUCAGCCAUUCCGGCUCCUUUCGAGACAGCAUGGAAGAAGUUCAUGGCUCUUCGUUAUCACUGGUGUCCAGCACUUCUUCUCUUUACUCUACAGCUGAAGAAAAGGCUCAUUCAGAGCAAAUUCAUAAACUGCGGAGAGAGUUGGUUGCAUCUCAAGAAAAAGUGGCUACCCUCACAUCUCAGCUUUCAGCAAAUGCUCACCUCGUGGCAGCUUUUGAAAAGAGUUUAGGGAAUAUGACUGGCCGACUGCAAAGUCUCACCAUGACAGCAGAACAAAAGGAGUCUGAACUCAUAGAACUAAGAGAAACCAUUGAAAUGCUGAAGGCCCAGAAUUCUGCUGCCCAGGCUGCCAUCCAGGGAGCACUGAAUGGUCCAGAUCACCCUCCCAAAGAUCUCCGCAUCAGAAGACAGCAUUCCUCUGAAAGCGUUUCUAGUAUCAACAGUGCCACCAGUCAUUCCAGCAUUGGCAGUGGUAAUGAUGCUGACUCCAAGAAAAAGAAAAAGAAAAACUGGGUGAACUCUAGAGGAAGUGAGCUGAGAAGCUCAUUCAAACAAGCCUUUGGGAAGAAAAAGUCCACCAAGCCUCCCUCGUCACAUUCGGACAUUGAAGAGCUCACAGACUCAUCUCUUCCGGCAUCCCCCAAGCUGCCCCAUAACACUGGGGAUGGUGGGUCUUCAUCCAUGAAGCCCUCGCAGUCAGCCUCGGCCAUCUGUGAAUGCACUGAGGCUGAGGCAGAGAUAAUUCUGCAGCUGAAGAGUGAGCUCAGAGAAAAGGAAUUAAAAUUAACAGACAUUCGGCUGGAGGCCCUCAGCUCUGCUCAUCACCUCGAUCAGAUUCGUGAGGCCAUGAACAGGAUGCAGAACGAAAUUGAAAUUCUGAAGGCUGAAAAUGACCGGCUGAAAGCAGAAACUGGCAACACAGCUAAGCCUGCUCGGCCUUCCUCAGAAUCCUCAAGUAGCACGUCCUCCUCAUCCUCACGGCAGUCGCUGGGACUUUCUCUAAAUAAUCUGAACAUCACGGAGUCUGUUACCUCAGAUAUUUUGCUAGAUGAUGCCGGUGAUGCAAGCGGACAUAAAGAUGGACGCAGUGUGAAAAUUAUAGUCUCCAUAAGCAAGGGCUACGGUCAUGCAAAGGACCAGAAGUCUCAGGCAUAUUUAAUAGGAUCCAUUGGUGUUAGUGGAAAAACCAAAUGGGAUGUCUUAGAUGGUGUAAUUAGACGUCUCUUUAAGGAAUAUGUAUUUCGAAUUGAUACAUCUGCUAGCCUUGGUCUGAGCUCUGACUGCAUUGCUAGCUACUGCAUAGGGGAUUUAAUUAGAUCCCAUAGCCUAGAAGUGCCUGAGUUGCUGCCUUGUGGAUACCUUGUUGGAGAUAAUAACAUCAUCACUGUGAAUCUGAAAGGGGUAGAAGAAAACAGUUUGGACAGUUUUGUUUUUGAUACACUAAUUCCUAAACCAAUUACCCAAAGGUACUUUAACUUGUUGAUGGAGCAUCACAGAAUUAUACUCUCAGGACCUAGUGGUACUGGAAAGACCUAUUUAGCAAACAAACUUGCUGAAUAUGUAAUAACCAAAUCUGGGAGGAAAAAGACAGAGGAUGCAAUUGCCACUUUUAAUGUGGACCACAAGUCAAGUAAGGAAUUGCAGCAGUAUCUAGCUAGCCUGGCUGAACAGUGCAGUGCUGACAAUAAUGGUGUAGAGCUCCCAGUUGUAAUAAUUCUUGAUAAUCUCCAUCAUGUGGGCUCUUUGAGUGAUAUCUUCAAUGGUUUUCUCAACUGCAAAUACAACAAAUGUCCAUAUAUUAUCGGAACAAUGAAUCAGGGAGUUUCUUCAUCACCAAAUCUAGAGCUGCAUCACAAUUUCAGAUGGGUACUAUGUGCAAACCACACUGAACCAGUGAAAGGCUUCUUAGGCAGAUAUCUUCGAAGGAAACUAAUAGAGCUAGAAAUUGAAAGGAACAUCCGUAAUAAUGACCUAGUCAAAAUUAUAGAUUGGAUUCCUAAGACAUGGCAUCAUCUCAACAGUUUUUUGGAAACACACAGUUCUUCUGAUGUUACCAUUGGUCCCCGACUUUUCCUUUCUUGUCCCAUGGAUGUAGAAGGUUCUAGAGUGUGGUUCAUGGAUCUCUGGAACUAUUCUUUGGUACCUUAUAUUCUGGAGGCAGUAAGAGAAGGUCUUCAGAUGUAUGGGAAACGGGCACCUUGGGAAGAUCCCUCAAAGUGGGUGCUUGAUACCUAUCCAUGGAACUCAGCAUCUCUGCCUCAGGAGGGCCCAGCAUUACUUCAGUUACGACCAGAAGAUGUUGGGUAUGAGGGCUGCAUCUCCACAAAGGAAGCCACAACCUCAAAGCACAUUCCACAGACUGACACAGAAGGGGAUCCCCUGAUGAAUAUGCUAAUGAAACUCCAAGAAGCAGCCAAUUACUCCAGCACACAAAGCUGCGACAGCGACAGCACCAGCCACCACGAAGACAAUUUGGAUUCGUCUCUUGAAUCUACCCUCUAG